CAGAAAGGUGGAAAUUUCGGAAACAAACAAGUGAUUAUCUGUAUAACCAAACAAACGACAAAAAAUUAACAAGAAAUUGACUAAAAAAUAAUAAGCCAAUCAACUAAAACUCAAUAGCCAAACAACAAACCAACAUCAAUCCAAAUAAUUCUCAAUCGCAGAUUCAAUAAGAGGUCGCCACAACAUUUCACAACAUCAUCAUUUUCUGGCUCGGACACUUGUUAACGUUCUGUCUCACUAGCUGUGCUCGUGGAUUAAAGUGCAAGCCAUAGAAAUGUGGUCCAGCCAGGCUGUAUUUUAAGCAUGGGUGCUGGGGCUGACAUAAAUCAUAAUUGUUUUAUGUCUGUGGUGAAUAUGUUAAACAAUAGUACCUAAAUUUUUAAUUUGUCGUGAAGUCAUAACCAUAAUAGAAUAAUCAAUUGAAAAAAAAAUAUUAAGCCAAUCAACUACAAGUCUACACAACACUACUUGGCUAAAGAUGCGUCGGAAAACUUUUCGAAAAACCAGCCCAAUUUGCAGCCAAAUGCCGUACAAAAUGUCCAAACAUCAAAAACACUACAGAUCUUUCAUUGCCUCGAUAUGUUGGCAACAAUUUGCGGUAUCAGCAGUGCUUAUCAGUAUUGUGCUGCUGGCAAAUAUUGUGGAUUGUGUCCAUGACAUAUCACAAAUGUCUCCAAAAUCAAGCAGCCAUGAGGGAAUUGUUGCCAUCAAUCCACUAUUGACAUCAACUUCGGAACAGUUUUUGACGGCCAGCAUUAGCGAUCAACUAACCACGACAGAGGUGCUGGUGGAAUCCACUAAGAUGUCCGGGGAUAAUGAAACCACUCAUUCUCGUGUCCCUCGUUCAGCUUUACCCAUUGUCAAUGAAAAAUUCCCUACAUCGGCUCAAAAUAACGUUCAGUUUCCAGAAAAGGAGUCCGAAAAGGAUGCAGCUGCGGCUGGACGUUAUUUCCAAUAUAACAUUAAGCCCACAAGUUCCAUUGAGCACGAGAUUGAGAAUAUGGAGACAAGCAAGAAAUUACGGAGCGGAAAAUCGGCUAACGUAGCAGCAACGCCUGCCAGUACUACCGGUCCUUUUUUAGUGAAUGGGGACCUUCGACAACCCAUGUCGGGGUCCCACACUCCCUUGGUCAACAUGAGCUCUGUGACAUCGACAGCAGCUACUGCUACCGCAUCGACACAUAAUUCGCGCCAAAAUCCCAACCCCGAUAUCCAAGACAUUAUUACAGGUAUUGUAAAGUUGCUCAAUGGCAAUGUUAACGUUCAUGCCAAUACUCAGGGUGGUCGUCGACCCACAGCUAGUCGCAUUAACAAUCGGGGACCACCCAGAAUUUCGGAUACUCAGCCCCUGCCUAUUGAGUACGAGGGCCAUAAAAACCAGGGACCUUCGUCUAUCAGACCAGCACCGUAUCCUUUCGACCGACCCGAAAGACCGUUUAUAACGGGAGUGCCUAUACCAGAACAAAUAGUGCCCGUAAGACCAGGCUUUGUGAGUAGCCGACCGCCAUGGCACCGUAAUAAGCCCCGCCCACCUAUAACCACGUCCAUUGGGGGGCGUAGACCUAUACCUCAAUACAAACCCAUACCGACUGCACAAAUGCAACCACCUCAAGAAGAGGAACCUAUAGGCGGCUUACCCAGCACCAUAGCUAGUGGUCCCAUUGCGAUUCCAUCCGCAGAAUCGGACAAAAGCGAAACUAUUGAUGGACCAUCUCCUACAGAUACCUCAUAUGACUCCGAAUUUUCAGGAGAAGACUUAAAUACGCAAUACAUUGAAGUGUCGGACAAUGAUGGCGAUAAUGCGCCAUCAGAUAGGGAUGUAAUCGCCGAAUAUAAACCUCCCAUUCCUCCCACACCAGCAGCCCCUUCGACGACACCUCCCACACAACCCGCCUUGCCAGCAAAGAAAGAUGAGCAAAGUCAUACCACAAAGAAGAAGCCCACCAAGCAUAAAAACUCGGAUAAAAAGAAGCACUCUCCAGAGCAAAUUAACGCCAAUGCUGAUGUUCCCCCGUCAGUGGUACAAGUGAGUUCACAGUAUCUGCCAAUGCCCAUGGCUGCGACUGAGAAUACUGGACCCGAUGUAACAGGUGACGAGGUUAUUUUUAUGACAGCCAGUAAAACACCCGAAUUGGUAACGACAACUUCCAUGCAUACUUUGCCGGCUACUAAGGGCAAAAGUCCAACAAUAUCCACCAAGCCCUUGACGACGAAAGAGCAGCAGUUGAAAACAAGUAUCCUUAGUUCGAUGUCUCAUGUAGAUUUAGAGACAACGAUUGUUCCUACACCAAUAACCUCUGUUCCCAUAACCACAACCACUUACACCUCCAGUACCUCAACCACCUCUACUAGUUCCACUACCACCACCACUACUACUACCACUACAACUGAGACUGUACCCAUCUCCAAUAACCAAAACCAAGCCCACCUAACAACUCCAACACCCCCGGUGCCGGCUCAAUACCAACCACGCCCUGGCAUUGUUUUGGAUGAUCCAGAAUUUAAGCCUGGCGGUCGACCACGGCCUCAGCGCCCACCUCAACCUCAAAUUCCUCACAUUGCGGUGCCAUCUGUAAAUAUACAACCCACCCGACAACAAUUGCCACCUGGCUAUGGAGAAAUUUUCGAUGUCACCCUCUCGGCCAUUCAAGGCCCAGGCUCCCAAGGUGGCUCCCAGCAAACAAUUAACAUAAAACCCUAUGGUGCUUACGAUACAGGAGGUGGUGCCGGUGCUGAUAUCAUUGUGUCGGCCUCAGGUGAAGAUGGUUUUGUUUCUAUAGAUGGUAAGCGUACUUACAUCAAUCUUUUUGGUGAUCCCACAGAUCCUCCAAGCAAUGUACAGCAACCAAUGGCAGCCACAGCUAUACCACAACUUCCCAGCGCUCCAAUUGGCCCGCCCGCCACGACUUUGUCCUCGACAACUAAGCCAAAUCAAAGCCUUAGUACAGCCGUCAGUAGUGGUGGUAGUGGCAACACUCCAGUGACACAAAAAAAUACGCCCGGUGUAGGUUAUGGCGUGGCCGAGACAGAAAUUGUGGAUAUACACACCAACAAACCUCAACACGCGAAACCUCCACAGUCUCUGCCAACGACAACGAACGUCGGAACAACCCGACCUCAUUAUAGACCACGAACUACACAGCCUCCAGUGCGCAUUGAUACCUGUAUAGUGGGAGACGAUUCAACCUGCGACCAAGCCCAACAUGAGUACUGCAAAACGGAAAAUGGUGUUUCCAGCUGCCACUGUAGACCUGGUUAUUCCCGUCGGAAACAUCGCGAACCUUGUCGAAGGGUUAUUACAUUCUACAUUGGUAUGCGAGUUGACAGAAUCUAUGAGCAUCGCAUUGUUUGGGAUAACAAAUUAGCGGAUCGCACCAGUGAACCCUAUGGGCAGCUAAGUUUUGAAUCUGUCAGAGCUAUCGAUUCUGCCAUGUCCAUGACACCAUACUCCGACGAAUUUAUGGAAGCUAAAGUCAACAACAUCUACCGUGGAGACCCUAAUCUCGGUGGCAGUGGUGUGUUUGUCAAUCUUACCAUUAAGCUGGAUGAAAGUGUUGAAACCUUGCGCCCGAAUCUGCGCAGUGAUGUACAAAAACAUUUGCUGGGCGUUUUACAUCGACGCAAUAACAACAUCGGCAAUUCCGUUCUGUUUGUAAGCUCUCCAGAAGGUGCCAUUUCUGCCCUACGAGAUUUAGAUGAAUGUCAUGCUCGGGACCUUAAUGAUUGUCAUCCCACUGCUACUUGUAUUAAUACUUGGGGUAGUUAUCGCUGCACCUGUCCGGAAGGCACCAAAGAUCUUUGGUCUGAACAACCACUGCGUUCUGGUCGCGAAUGCCAGACCUGUCCCGAAACUUAUUGCAAUAGUCGUGGUGUUUGCAGUUACAAUGAGGAAGGUACUCAAAUAUGCACCUGUGAUUCAAGCCAUUAUGGUGGCCAAUGUGAAAUCGAUGGCGAAGUCUUGGGCGUGGCCAUUGGGGCUUCAGUGUUGGCUGUUAUCAUAAUAGUUUUGACUCUGGUCUGUUUAAUUAUGUGGUCACGUAGAUGGCAGCGAGAACAAAAGAAUGCCAUUGGCUCUCCCGUAUUUGGGUAUAUGAAUACCGCUCCCUUAAAAUCAGCCGCCCUACCACAACCUGGCUAUCAAGUGACUCUGGAAGAUCGUAUGCGUUGGGCUCAAAUAGCAGAUGUUAUGGCUCAAACUAAUCAUUAUGGCGCUGAACCAAUUGGAGGACCCACUCGACCUUCAUCGGCUAUGUUCGCUUACCCCAACUUACAGACCCUGGGUAUGGGUACCAUGGGCGGUAUAUCGAUGCAGAGCACCAUGCAGCAGAUGCACCAUCAUAACAGUACAUUGGCACCUCCUGUUCCGUUGCCACGAUUUUCUUUCAGAAGAUUGGGACUUGGUUCACGUUCGAAUGGCAUGCGAACUUUGGACAAUUCUAGUUCAAGUGAAGAAGAAGAUCGUACAGACCUGCUGGGGAGAAAUUUCCAAGUGCCCAGACCAAAGUCACGUAGUAAUGGCAGUAUAGCGAAUCAAUCUGGAAUUUACUACGAUGUCGACUAUGAACCUUCGGCCAAUGGAAUUGGCAGUAGCAGUGUAGAUCGAUUGUAUGGAUCCCAAAACCCAUCAAGCACUCACUCACAUAUGGGCAGCAGUCACAUACCUGGUCCACAGGGAAUACCCAUGAGUACGUACACCUCGGGACGAGCACCCAGCAGUUAUUACAUGAAAUGAAUUAAGGGUAUAAGUAAAAAAGCAAAGUAAUACGUGUAGAAAUCCUAUGAUAAAUCCUAAACAAGAGUAAGAGAAAUAUAAAAACUACUUAUAAUAAACAUAUUAGCAAUAGUUUAUUGUAGAUACAUAUGAAAUGCAAUUUUAUGAUAAGGCAUAAACAAGUAACAACUAAAAUAUAAUAGUGUAGUAAGUUAUUAUCACUGGAAGCAUCCAUUUCCCUUCUAGAACUAGUCCCCUAAGUAGUAUUUGUAAAUACGUUAGUGUAAAAAUCUCAAUGUACGUUUAAAUAUUUAUUACCAAUUACCAACUAUUCAAAUCGUCUUAAAUGUUAACGAUAUUUUUUGUUAAGAACGUUUAAAACUUUUGAACUUAAGAAUUAAUUCUAGAAAUUUUAUAAUCACACAAACUGUACUAAUCAUA